GAUCUGUAAUAUCUGUGUCCUGUCUUGAGGUCAGUCGCACAAGACCCUGCGUGCGCGCAACUAGUCUCGUUAACAUGUUUGUUUUAUACCUCGUGUGUGUGUGUUUGUGUGUGAGGCAUGGAUUAACACAAGGUCUAGGAGACAGCUGCAACCAUGAUGGCGUCCCAGGCGUCUGCAUACUCGCUAGCGGCUGCCCGUCCGUUUUAGCAGAUCGAUCGAAAUUGAGGAGUGCGAAGCGAUGCGGAUUCAGGGGUGAAGAGCCUAUAAUAUGCUGCACUGAUAGUAAUAUCGGCGGGACCGAGGAUCGCUUCGUGGCCACCACGCCUUUCAUCCGGUCCACCACUACGGAGUACACGCCCCCCAUCGCGGACUAUAAGGAGCUGGUCCCUGGAGCCAUAGGAGACGACACGUGCGCACCCGUGCCUCAGAAGGAUACCGCAGACAAGACUGGGAGGAAGGCUUUUGACAAGUGCAUAGAAUACCAAGAGCAGCUGGUGUACCCGUGCGAGCGCGGCGUGGACUACACGGGGAAGAAGAGCCGCGGUAAUUACUGCUCGCACAACGCAGACGAGCUGAUCGUCGGAGGGCAGGAUGCCAAGCGGGACGAGUUCCCUCACAUGGUGAGCGAGCAGCUGGUGUACCCGUGCGAGCGCGGCGUGGACUACACGGGCAAGAAGAGCUGCGGUAACUACUGCUCGCACAACGCGGACGAGCUGAUCGUCGGAGGGCAGGAUGCCAAGCGGGAUGAGUUCCCUCACAUGCUGGUGUACCCGUGCGAGCGCGGCGUGGACUACACGGGGAAGAAGAGCCGCGGUAAUUACUGCUCGCACAACGCGGACGAGCUGAUCGUCGGAGGGCAGGAUGCCAAGCGGGACGAGUUCCCUCACAUGGCGUUGCUGAUUUUCGGAGACGGUUCCUCGACGUCCACAGUAUGCGGAGGUACCAUCAUCAGUGAGAACUUCAUUUUGACGGCCGGACACUGUACUUAUGCACCUAAAAUUGGAAAUGUGACAGCGGUGAAGGUAGGGCUGCUCCGUAUGACGGAAGACGUGCCCCGCCGCGAGCAUCGCGUCAAGCGGAUCAUCAAACAUCCUCAGUACAAGGCGCCUUCCAAGUACCACGACAUCGCUUUACUCGAGACUGAGACACCGAUAAUUCUGGGCCCCAACGCGAUCCCAGCCUGCAUCGACAUCGGCGAGACCGUGGACGACUCGCGAGCCUCCGCCACGGGCUGGGGACAUAACAAAAGUCUGGGGGAAGUCCUAGAUGUCCUGCAGAAGGUAACACUGCAAAAGUUCACCCCUCAAGAGUGCACGGAGAAAUUUAGAAACGUCCGUCAUCUUACUCAAGGCUACGAUGAACUCACGCAGAUCUGUUAUGGAGACCAUGGAGAGAAGAAGGAUACCUGUCAGGGAGACAGCGGAGGCCCCCUCCAGAUAAACAACGCGCGUGUCCACUGCAUGUACACGGUGAUCGGAGUGACGUCAUUCGGCAGGUACUGCGGCCAGGUCGGCAGGCCCGGCAUGUACUCCAGGGUGUCGCAUUACGCGCGCUGGAUCGAGAGCGUUGUGUGGCCUUGAGAUGUAAUACAAUACAAUU